AUGGCUUCCAUGGGGAUGCAGAUGGCCGGGUGCGCCAUGGCCCUUCUGGGCUGGAUCGGGGUGAUCAUCGUCUGCGGCACGCCCAUGUGGCGGGUCUCUGCCUUCAUCGGCACCAACAUAGUGACAUCCCAGGUCAUGUGGGAGGGCAUCUGGAUGAGCUGCGUGGUCCAGAGCACGGGCCAGAUGCAGUGUAAAGUGUACGACUCCAUGCUGGCUCUGAGCACCGACCUACAGGGGGCCCGGGCCCUGAUGGUGGUUUCCAUCGUCACGGGCAUCGCAGGGAUCUUCAUAGCGUUCGCCGGCGGGAAAUGCACCAACUUCAUUCCAGAGGAGAGGGCCAAGGCGAGGGCCUCGGUGGCAGCGGGCGUGGUGCUGAUCAUCAGCGGCAUCCUCUGCCUCAUCCCCGUCUCGUGGACCGCCGGCAUGAUCAUAACAGACUUCUACAACCCCAUGCUGGUGGACGCCCAGAAGAGAGAGCUCGGGGCCUCUCUGUACAUUGGCUGGGGGGCCGGGGCACUGCUGGUCUUUGGAGGAGCGCUUCUGUGUGCCAGCUGUCCCCCCAAGGAUGAUGAGACCCCCUCUGGGAAGUACCUCCUGAACAAGCCUGGAGGAAACAGCAAUUCCGGUUCAAUCCCUUCUUAUAUGCCAAACAAGACGUAUAUCUGA